AUGAGCUGCCUUGCCAGCAGAAUGGUUCAGGCUGCCUGGCUGGUCCUCCUCUCACUCCGAGUUUCCGGCGUAUUUUUGGAUGGUGAUGCUGGGCACAAAGCUGCUCUGAAGCUCGACGAGGAGCCGCAUGACUCGGGUUCCGUCUUGGUCCAGCUGAAUGCGACGGUGAAGCCGGGAGCGAAGCCGAACGAGACAGAACCGCCUGUGGUACACACUCAAAAGAUUGAAGAGACCAUCAAGGACUCUGUGACGAAGAGGAAGGGCAAAAUCGCGCGUGAGACCAGCACCAAAGGCAAUGGCACCGAGUCUGCAACAGACUCAGAUGCCUUGGCGAAUGGGACACAGGUUGACGAGCACACGGCCUUUGCUCACGCGCACUACCAACAGAAUGCAACGAAUGGGACCGACAUUUCUGUUGUCGUCCGGAUCGCCGAGCCGAAUCAAGUCAUCACCCUGUACCUGUUCAUCUUCGUUCCACUUGCCAUGGCUUGGACCUACUACUACUAUCGAGGCUCCGAGGGUACUUCGCACCAGCAGCUUUACCUGCUUCUGCUGCAGCUCAGUGUUGCGGCCCUGAACCUGGGCACGGUUCUGGUGAACCAGUCACUUUGUGUUCUGAUGAAGGCGCCGAUGGCGCUCACAGCUAUGCAAAGUGUCUCUAUGCUUGUGUUCGGAUCUGGCCUUACCAUGGUGCACUACUUCUGGAGAAGCGAAUCCAGGCCAACUUUUGGUGCCUUGCGAAAAGAUUUGACGCUUUGGCUGCCGGCUGCAGCAGCUUUUGGUGUCUAUCAGUUGGCUGACCACUUUGAGGCCAACUUUUGUUCGCUCUCGGAGCGAACAGUCUUCGGAAAUUUGGCACCCGUCCUGGGACUGUUUCUUGAACUGAGCCUCGCGUCCUUCAUGCAACCGCGAGCAUCCGAGAAAGCAUCUGCCAACUUGUCGUCCAAGAUGGCGCUGGCCGCCAAAGUUUUCGGAGCGACUAUCUUCGCGCUGCAGUAUCCAGACUUCAAUGCCAAAGGUAUGGAGGUGUCAACGUAUUAUGUCAUCUCCAUGGUGAUCUACAGGCUCGUGCAGCGUUGCAUUUUGGGCCAUGUGAAGAGCCCUCUCGCUGUGCUUACAGCAUUUGACGCUGUCGUCUGCUUCGUGAUCGCGGGAUGCCUGAGCAGAAGUGAAGUUGAUGAUAUGUCUGAGUCUCUACAUCUGUGGUGGAGCAAUGGAUCCAUAAGAACAAUGCUCGCUUUGUCCUUCGUGGCCUUCAGUGUCGGACACUGGACCAUGCUGCACCUUGUGAAUACAGACACAGCCACGGCGGUGAUGGUUAUUGGCAAUAUCUCCAGUGGUUUCAGUGUCUUUCAAGGUAUUUUGUUUUUCCAUGACGAUGACUUUCAACGGCCCGUUGCCUUUGCUGGAAUCCUGAUUGUGAUUUUCGCCGGCAUCUGGUGGACGAUUAACCAAAGCAUGGGUGCUACUGACAAGGGUGAAAAGCAGAAAGACGAAGACGCUGUUGCAGUGUCUGCUCCUGAAGACGGUCAGUGA